AUGGAGAGCGCUAGUCUUGCCCUUGCUGUUGUCCCACUCAUUGUUGAGAUGUUCAAGUCCUACCACACUGUGCGAGAUCGAUUUCGCGCGUUCGCACACGCCGACGCCGUCCUACGAGAACUAAUGUUAAUAUACCAUUUGGCUAUGGAUAGCUUCCGUAACGAGUGCGAACUACUCCUGAGUAACGUCGUUUACGACAAUCAGAUCCUAGCCGCAAUGAUGGUAGAUCCAGAACACGCCGCCUGGCAGGAUCCGCAACUCGACCUACGCCUUUGUGCAUUCUUGGAUUCCAAUGACGAAACUUUUCGCGAGACAUUCAUCUGGAUCAAGGAUAGACUGAAUAACGCUGAGCGCGAACUCGAAAAGCUGCACGACAAGCCGGGCACUGAGGAAGCCUCUAGUUUACUCAAAGGAGCAAAGGAUGCGAAGAAGGCUCUCAAGAUCUCACGCAAGGAAUCCGGCGACCGAGAUUUGCUCGAUGAGAUAGAAAAAUGGAUCAAGAAUAUCAGAAGGCUCCGUAAACAACGAUGUGAGCUUCGCGAGGCUAGUUCUGCGCUGGCCAGCACCCCGCGGCCAGCUUACGAGUCUGUCCCCCCCGAGUACGAUGAGAUCCGGCGUGCCUCUCGGGAGCUUCACAGCUUUCUGCAAGACGCAUUGUCGCCAGGCCUCAGCAUACCGUGCAAGGAAUACAGAGCGACACUAGCUCUCGGAUUAAAGCACACAAAAGUGGAAGCGGCGCAAUUGUGCACCAUAAUCGCCAGUAAAUUGUCUACGACACCGAAACAAGAGUGGGUCUAG